AUGAAUUCUCAGGAAGAUCAAGAAGAUAACGGAGUUGGUGAAUCGAAACCCUCGAAAUUUGGUCAAAAAGAGAUUCUGGGAACACUCAAAGUGGUCGAGAGGGACUUCGUGGCGAUUGCCGAGAGCUUCACCACUCUCUUCGCUUCUCUCCGUUUGGCCCUCUCUGAGCUUCUUAACACACUACAAUAUAAGAUAAUAUUGGCUUGUGCUUUUUUUGUUCCAACAUACUCUGUUUACACUCACCCUGUCAGCUUUCAUAAGCACAAAGAUAUGGUUUCAAAGCUAUUAAGUUCAACUUCCCUCCUCUUUUACAUCCUUUUUCAUGCAAGCUUCAUUUUACUUGCCUCAAAUUCCACUUUCGGCUUCGCAAAUGAGACCGACAAGCAAGCCUUGCUAGCCAUCAAGGAUCAAAUUGUUGAAGACCCUUUCCAGGUCUUUAGCUCAUGGAAUGAUUCUAUCCACUUUUGCAACUGGAAAGGAGUCACAUGUGGUCGCCGGCAUCAGAGGGUGACCACCCUGAACUUGUCAUCCUUGAAAUUAGUUGGUUCCUUGUCUACUCACAUAGGAAACCUUACCUUUCUUAGAGAGAUCAGUCUUGAGAACAACUACUUCCAUGGCACUAUCCCCCAAGAAAUUGGUCGAUUGUUUCGCCUACAACAUCUCUCACUUUAUAGCAACUCCUUCCAAGGUGAGUUUCCUACCAAUUUGACUGAUUGCUCAGACAUCAGAGUCGUCAAUAUAUCUUCAAACAAUCUUGUAGGAACAAUUCCUAUCGAACUAGGAUCAUUUACUAAUCUUUUACUAUUGGAUCUUUCUAAAAAUCAUUUCUUUGGCAACAUACCACCUUCACUGGGUAAUCUCUCCUCUCUUCGCAAACUUUUUCUCGGCUAUAACAAUCUAGAGGGAAGCAUUCCUUUUGAACUUGGAAAGCUUUCCAACUUAGAGUUUUUUCAAUUGAGUUCCAACAAUUUGUCCGGAAUGAUUCCUACCCAGCUUUACAAUAUGUCGUCCAUCCAUGGCUUCGCUCUAGCUGACAACCAGUUCACCGGAACCCUCCCCCAAAAACUGGGAUUGACCCUUCCAAAACUACAAUCAUUCUUAUUUGAUAUUAACCAAUUCUAUGGGCCGAUCCCACCAUCAUUGGCUAACGCUUCAGCACUUGUUCAAUUAGAUAUUGGUAUUAAUUUUUUCAGUGGGUCUGUACCAAUUAAUUUGGGCAACCUUCAAGAUCUAGAAUGGCUAAAUAUUAAUAGUAACCGACUCGGAACUAAAAAAACCAAUGACUUGAGCUUUCUUGAUUCAUUAACAAACUGUACAAUUCUAGGAUUUUUAUCUUUAGGUGGGAAUUACUUUCGGGGUGUACUGCCCAAUUCAAUUGCAAAUCUAUCCAUCAAUCUCAACUCAUUUCGGAUAAAUCAGAACUACCUAUCUGGAAUCAUACCCCAAGGGAUUGAGAACCUCAUCAACUUAAAGUUUUUAGGCUUAGAGGAUAAUAUGCUCACUGGAAGUAUUCCUGAAUCCAUUGGAAAAAAUUCUAAGUUGGAAGAACUCUACAUUUCUGCAAAUAACAUCUCAGGGAAAAUUCCAUCAUCUAUUGGCAACAUGUCUCGGUUGAGCAUUCUUUCAUUAGGAAUAAAUAUGCUAGAGGGAAGCAUACCUGUUGCAUUGGGAAAUUGCACAAAUCUUCAAGGAUUGGAUCUUCAACUUAAUCACCUCACUGGUGCAAUACCCGAGCAACUUAUUGGACUUUCUUCCCUCACUGUUGGUCUCUUCUUGCAACACAAUUAUCUAACAGGAGCACUACCAUCACAAAUGGGUAACUUGAAAAAUCUUGGGCAAUUGGAUAUUUCAGAAAAUAAACUUUCUGGAAAAAUCCCAAGCAGUCUUGGUGAGUGUCUAGUGUUAGAAGUCCUGCAUAUGGAGGGUAACCUUUUUGAAGGUACUAUUCCAUCCUCUUUUCAGCAAUUAAAAGGAAUUCGAGACCUAAAUCUUUCUCGUAAUAGUUUGUCUGGACGGAUUCCAAGCUUUCUAGGCGAGCUCCGAUUGAUUGAAUCUCUAGACCUUUCAUAUAAUAAAUUUGAGGGUGAAGUUCCAAAUGGAGGAGUGUUCAUGAAUGUUAGUGCAUUUUCAAUUGUUGGAAAUGACAAACUUUGUGGAGGAAUCAAGGCACUGGAAUUGUCCGCAUGUCCCACACAAAGGGCAAGAAGGCCUUUUGCCCGUAAAGUGAUAAUUCUUGUGACAAGUAUCACUCUUUCUACAAUUUUGUUGAUAGCAUGUGUUUCUGCUCUUUUUUAUCUGAUGAAAAGGUCAAAACUCAAGUCUUCUGCAGAUUGUCCAUUGGGAAAUCAGUAUCCAACACACUCUUAUGCAGAACUCCAACAUGCUACCAACGGAUUCUCUUCAUCCAACUUGAUUGGUGCGGGGAAUUAUGGUUCUGUUUAUAAAGGAAUUCUCAACUCCAGUGAACAAAUUGUUGCUGUGAAGGUAUUCAACCUUCAACUACCUGGAGCCAACGAGAGCUUCUUGGCUGAAUGUGAAGCGUUGAGGAAAAUUCGCCACCGCAAUAUGGUCAAGGUCAUAACAUGUUGCUCAAGCAUGGACUUCAAAGGAAAUGAGUUCAAGGCUUUGGUCUUUGAGUUCAUGCCAAAUGGGACUUUAGAGGGCUGGUUACACCCAAUUCAAUCUGUGCAGCAGCAUCCAAAGAGCUUGGAUUUCAUACAAAGGCUAAACAUUGCGAUUGAUGUAGCAUCUGCACUGGAUUAUCUUCACAAUCAUUGUGAAACAACAAUCAUUCAUUGUGAUCUAAAGCCAAGUAAUGUUCUUCUUGACAAUGAGCUCUGCGCUCAUGUGGGUGAUUUUGGGGUAUCAAGGUUUCUUGGAGCCGUGAGAGGUAAACCCAGUUGUUCGCAAUCUAGUUCUUCAAUUGGGAUUAGAGGAACAAUUGGUUAUGUCGCGCCAGAAUAUGGUAUGGGUGAGGACUUUUCAACCGAAGGUGACGUAUACAGUUAUGGAAUUCUCUUACUAGAGAUGUUUACGGGACAAAAGCCCACCAACAACAUGUUUACUGAAAGGAUGGUGCUGUCAGGUAGAGUGUUGGAGAUUGUCCACUCUCUAUUCUCAUUGGAAGAGGAAGACGUGUCUGAAAGGACCUACCAACUCAACAUUGAUGGAAUAAAAGACUGCGUGGCGUUGAUCCUUCGUAUUGGAGUCAUAUGUUCUUCUGAAUUGCCAAAAGAACGGAUGGAUAUUAGGGAUGUUUUAAUGGAACUCCACAAGAUCAGGAACGCAUUUUUGAGAAGAAGCUGA